GUACCUUUCAGUCAGACACUCAGAGGGACUUGACUCUCCUUUGAAGCCUGCACAUCUCCAGUUCUCUGCCCAGUCUUGACAACCCCAACAACUAGAACAUGUAUACCACCAAGAAGUCGUACUCAAUCUCAGGCGGCACCGGAAGGUCCCAGAGGUCGCUUGCAGGGUCCCAAUCUGGCGGCUACACCGUCAAGAGAACCAGCUACAAUCUCGGCUCCACAGCUGGUGGUUAUGGUGGUGGUGUUAGCACUUAUGGUGUUGGUGGUUUAGGUUUUAGCAGUUCCAUUAGCUCUGGCUCAAUGGUUGGUGGUGCUUAUGGUAGUUAUGGAGGAGGAAUGAUUUCCGCCCCAAUCACCGCAGUCACAGUCAACCAGAGUCUGCUGGCCCCCAUGAAUUUGGAUAUUGACCCCAACAUCCAGGCUGUUCGCACCCAGGAAAAGGAGCAGAUCAAGACCCUCAACAACCGCUUUGCUUCCUUCAUUGACAAGGUCCGUUUCCUGGAGCAGCAGAACAAGAUGCUGGAGACCAAGUGGAGCCUCCUCCAGGACCAGACUACAACUCGCUCCAACAUCGACGCCAUGUUUGAAGCCUACAUUGCCAACCUGCGCAGGCAGCUUGAUGGGCUGGGCAACGAGAAAGUCAAGCUGGAGGGAGAACUGAAGAACAUGCAGCUCCAGGUGGAGGACUUCAAGAGAAAGUAUGAAGAUGAAAUCAACAAACGCACAGCUGCAGAGAAUGAGUUUGUGGUCUUGAAGAAGGAUGUUGAUAGUGCCUACAUGAACAAGGUGGAGCUGGAGGCUAAAUGCGAUGCUCUUCAGGAUGAAAUCAACUUCCUCAGAGCCAUCUAUGAGGCUGAGCUUCGGGAGCUGCAGUCCCAGAUCAAGGACACCUCUGUCAUUGUGGAGAUGGACAACAGCCGUAACCUUGAUAUGGACUCUAUUGUGGCUGAAGUGCGUGCUCAGUAUGAGGACAUUGCCAACCGCAGCAAGGCUGAAGCAGAGACCUGGUACAAACAGAAGUAUGAGGAGAUGCAGAGCUCUGCUGGACAGUAUGGUGAUGACCUUCGCACAACCAAGGCUGAGAUUGCUGAGCUGAACCGCAUGAUUGCCCGUCUUCAGAAUGAAAUUGAGUCUGUCAAGGCACAGAGGGCCAACCUUGAGGCACAGAUUGCAGAGGCUGAGGAUCGCGGUGAGUUGGCAGUGAAGGAUGCCAAGAUCCGCAUCAAGGAUCUGGAGGAAGCCCUUCAGAGAGCCAAGCAGGACAUGGCCCGCCAGGUGCGUGAAUACCAGGAGCUGAUGAGCGUCAAGAUGUGCCUGGACAUUGAAAUCGCCACCUACAAGAAACUGCUGGAAGGAGAGGAGACAAGAAUACUCUCUGGACCCAGCAGCGCAACCAUCCAUGUGCAGCAGUCCUCAGGCGGAUACUCCAGCUCCGGCAGCAGCUCUGCUGGAUGUGGCUAUAGUGGUGUAAGCAGCAGCCUAUUUCCUAGCUUUGGCGGCAGUAUUUCUGGUGGCUAUGGUGGUACCGUCACCAAGUCCACAGUAUCCACAACCAGCAGUUCCAGAAAAAUAUUUUAAGAAGGAGCGCAGUCCCUCUUCUCUUUAUGAAAAUCCUGAAUUGACCAAAAUCUGUAUGCCCUUUCACAGUCCUAUGCACAUAUCACUAUGGAGCAGGCAUGAUAGUCCAAAGAUUUGCCAUUUGCCAAAUUAUGUCAGUUAAAAAACAGCUACCAGCUACCAAUUAUGUCAGUUAAAACCCAGCUACGGUGGUGUGCCAAGAAAUACUGGGUCCAUUUAAUACUCAUAUGCGACAUUCAUCAUCAUUUAAGAGUUUCUUAAACUAAAUGCAAUGGAAAAUGUGUCUCUUUUCUGCACUGACUUCCAAUCAAUCGGAAAAGAGAUGCAAAAGAGUCAUAUCUGAACACAAUCUUGAAGAACAAAUGAGACUGCUCCAGUUCUCAAUAGCAGUAUCCAAUUUUUAGAUUUGAGUGCCAACACCAGUGAAGAGAGCUGGAGACCAUCAAUGAGAAGAUAUUUUACGUUUACAACUAAGAUACAAGAUUUGUUAAAAAAGUGAACUUCCUUGAUCUUUUUCUUUGCUCUGUCAAAUAAUGUCCUCUGUUGUUUAACAUUGCCUUGCUUUGAUGUUUCAGUUAUGUUGACACCAGAUUUAGUUUUGAAAAGACCCUCUUAUCAACAUGAUUGAUGAAAUCUGCAACAAAUACCAUCACCAUUAAAUCUGAGUACCCGA